ACACACACACACACGCACACCAUGCACGAUUUGCGCAAGCAAGUGCUCCUCGAGAGCGGCAAGACGCUGUCGAAAAAGGCAAAAGCCAAGCAGGCCAUGGGCUCUGCCGCCAGUUCAAAGCAAAACUCGCCCAACGCCUCGAGAGCUGGCUCAAGAGUCGCUAGCCGCCAGGCCUCGGAUGAUGAGGCUGAUUUCAGCGACUCGACGACUCAGUUCAGUGUCAACUCCUUUGACGAACUCCGUCCCGAAGACAUCGAUGCGCCCGAGGAUGCCUGGGUCGCACAACUCAACGAGCGUAUGGAGCAUCUCAUCGAACGCAAGAGAAGCAGUGUCCAAGGCCGCGAAGAGAGUCUUUCGGUUCUUUCUCAUCUCCUCAUGGCCCAUUAUGCCCAGCGCCACGUCCGUCCAAAGCUCAGUGAGCUGGUUCCAGCCCUUGUGAAAUGCGCCAAAGGUGGCCAGUCGGACAAUGAAACCGCUCUAGCUCUCAAAGCCCUGAGCCUGUUAAUCAUCACCGAGCCCUCCGAUUCCAUUUACGACGCCAUGAUUCGUCCGCUCAAGGGCAUAAUCUCCUCUUCCGAGUCAUCUUCGGUCAUGGUCGCCGCUAUCCACACUCUCGGCAUAGCUACAUUCUACGGUGGGGUCGGUCUGGACGAAACACAAGAGAUCAUGGACUUCUACCUCGAAAUCAUUGAGUCUGACGGCCACUCUGUCGAAGCAGGUGACGAUGGAAACCUCGUGGCCGCUGCCUUGCAGGAGUGGGGCUUCCUUGCUACACAGUUCGAAGGCAUGGAAGACACGAGCGAAGAGCCCAUGGAAGCCUUUGUCGAGCAGCUAGAGUCUAGCGAUGCUAGUGUAGUGAUUGCUGCUGGUGAGAACAUUGCUCUUCUUUUCGAGAAGAGUUGGUCGGAACUGGAAGAAGAUGAGGAACCCGAACACCAAGACGACGAAGACGAUGAGGAGGAGGCAGACCCGACUGCAAAGGGCAUGAUUAAACGCUACACAGUAUGGCGCCAGGAGCAUCAACUCAAGCAUACACUCAGUGCUCUUGCUCAAGCACAUGGGAAACGCAUAUCAAGAAAAGACAAAAAGGAACUGCAUUCCAGCUUCGCCGAUAUUCUCAACACCGUCGAGCAUCCAACAAGAGGUCCUCGUUACAGCAAUGCAAUCGAUCAGUAUACCAACAAAGCGUAUGGCUCGCGUAUGGUGGUUCACAUUGGCAAAAACUCCAUGAGCAUCGACAAAUGGUGGAAGCUUCAUCGUCUGCAGUCGCUACGCCGCGCACUCCAAGGUGGCUUCAUCGUUCACUACGAGGACAAUCAAGUCGUGUUCGAUUCUCUGCCUGUCAUGCUGGACUAG